CAUUCCUAUGUCAAUUUUACAAAUAGAUUUGAGAAACUAAUCCUUAAUCUGUGAUUUGAGUUUUGUUUGUGGAAAUGUGGAUUUAUGUUUAUCGUUAUUUUAGUGAUAUUAUUGAACAAAAUGGAUUAAUGAUUGAGUGAUACACUCAUCCAUGAUUUGCAAUAGUUUUUGUUAUUUAAAUAUAAAAGUGCAAUGGCUGUAUUACUAAUAAUAUUUAUGACUGCAGUAUUUGGAGCUUUUGGUGAUGAUUUUAUAGAAGAGAUUUUCAUUAAGCCCUUACCCCCUACACAUCUUUAUUCAUAUUUCCAAUUCAUUACCUUAAUUAAUAAUAACGAUUCAUUUGUUCAUUCUAAUCUAUCACCGAGAUCAAUUGGAGAGGUUAUAUCCCGGUUUAAAGUAGAAGAAUUGCAUUUAACUCUUACUGAAGGACAAUGGAGGCACAAUCAGUGGGGAUAUCCUGUUGUUGAUGCUGCACCUGGUGCUGAACUAUAUGCCUGGUUUGAUCCCGAGGUUGAAGAUAUAGAUGCAGAAUGGCGUAAACUGAGCGCGACACUUUCAGGAUUAUUUUGCGCGUCACUUAAUUUCAUUGAUAGUUUUAACACUAUUACCCCCCAAAUGGCACUGUGGCCUACUGGCCCAGUGAAAUCAAAUGUAAAUGUAACAUCAUUGCUUAGAUAUGCAUCUCUACCUAGAGAAAUUGUGUGUACUGAAAACUUAACACCUUGGAAGAAACUCCUUCCUUGUGAAUCAAGUAGAGGAUUUUCAGCUCUAUUGAAUUCAAGGAUGAUACAUAACACUAAUUACCAUUCAAUUGGUGUACAUGUCCGGAAAGUCUGUGCAUCUGAAGAUUGCACUGAGACUAAACUGGAAAUAAAGCAAACAGUGGCUCUUGUAUAUGAUUAUAAAAUAAUUGGUAGUAAUAAUUGGUCAUUCAUUAAACUAUUUGGUCAUGGCUUACCUGGAGCCUGCCCACUUGCUACAACCAGUACUAUUUAUAUUGAUAUAACAUCUAAUGUUACAUUUCCUUUCCAACUCUCCCCUCCGCCUGAUAAAAUUGUUUCAUCACAUAGAGGAGGAAGUGUUACUAAUCUAGCAGUGUAUAAUAUUGAAACUGAUGUAGAAAUGAUCAAUGUUGGUGUUAAACACAACAGCAAAGAGAAAUUGGGUGUGAAUGUACCUCCUCCUCUACAUUUCAACAGAUAUGUAUUAGGUUAUGGAAAAGAGUUUGGUGGAAUUGUUACUGAAUUGAUCAAUAAUUAUUGGACUGCUAUAGAUGUUGUUGUAUUAGAAAAUGCACCAUGGUGGCUUCCUAUACAAUUAAGUUCAUUGAGAAUAAAUUCUGAAGCAGAAAGUAAACUUGUCAAAUCUCAAUAUUAUUCACCGGGCAGAAGCAGACAGAAACCUUACCACCUAGAGCUGCUCCUUACAUUACCACCACGUUCAACAACAACUAUUACAAUAGAUUUUGAAUUUGUAUUCUUGAAAUGGCAAGAAUACCCUCCAGAUGCCAAUCAUGGAUUUUAUAUUGGGUCUGCUAUUGUAACUGCAAAUCUUCCUACAGCAAAAAAUUACACCAGCAUUCCUGUUUCUGGCAUUAGCUAUAAUUCCACUUUUAAUGCAUCACAACCAUGUAUGUACAAAGAAAUGUAAAUUUAUUCUUUAUGGAUCAUCAUUUAUGAUUUAAAUAAUUAAUUAAUUGCUAUUGUUCCAGGGUAUCCUGCUGUUUUCAGGACAAAUGGUGCAAUGGUGUCUUUACCAACUCCAGAUUUCAGUAUGCCUUAUAAUGUUAUUUGCCUUGCUUGCACAGUUGUUGCUCUAGCAUUUGGACCACUCCACAAUAUUUGUACCAAAGAAUUACUUUUGAAGCCAAUUGGCACACCCCUGUCUCUUACACAAAAAGUAUUAAACUUUUUUAAAAGAAAAAAGGAAUAAAAUUAAAUAUCACAAAUUACAUUGAUUUUCUAUUCUCUUAUAUUAGAACCCUAUAUAAUUAUAAUUGGAGAAAUACUUGUUUUGUUUGUAUAG